CGGAAGUGGCGUUUGGCUAAGGGGGGGGGGCGGGGCAGGCGGCGUGGCGCACGUGCGGAGAUGGAGGCGCAGAUGGAGGUGGUGGCGCGGCUGGAGAGCCUGGCGUUUGAGCCCGGCACCGCCGGCACGUCGCCGGGCGAGGAGCAGGCGGCGAGCGCGGAGGGGGCGGCCAGCCCGCCGAGCCCCCCGGAGGGCGGUGGGGAGGAGCGGGCCCCGCCGCCCCCAGCUGAGGGAGCGCGCUGCUCGCCGCCGCCCGCCAGUCCCAGCAGGCCGCCCGCCGCCACCCCCUCCUCGGACUCGGACAGUGAUACGGAUUCAGAUUCAACUGAUUCAACUACAUCCUCCUCUUCGUGUUCUCCUUCAACAGUAUCAGAUGAAGAUGAUCAUCCAAAUGAGAAGGAUAACAAAUCUUACUGUGUUAAAACAAAAGAUGAGUUGCCUAUUGAUGAACUGCCUCCUGUUGAAGACUUAUCAAUAAUUCUGCCUGAUGAUGUUGAACUGAAGCUUUUUGGGACAGUUUCCAGCAUAAUUGAGCAGCUAGUAAUAAUUGAAUCGCUGAGAGGCCUACCUCCAGUAAAUGAGGAAAGCAUAAUUUUUAAAGAAGAUCGGCAAGCUGCAGGAAAGAUAUUUGAGAUAUUUGGUCCUGUCUUACAUCCCUUUUAUGUGUUAAGAUUUAACAGCUCUGAGCAUAUCAAAGCAAAAGGUAUUAAUGUGCAAGAUAGCAUGUAUUUUGCUCCAUCAGUGGAGGACUUCACCCAGUAUAUAUUUGCAGAGAAACUAAAACAGGAAAAAGGUUCAGAUGCAUCUUGGAAGAAUGACCAAGAACCACCACCUGAAGCCUUGGAUUUCAGUGAUGAUGAAAAAGAAAGAGAGGCAAAACAGAAGAAAAAGAAGCCUCAAAGUCAAGGAAGGAAGAAACUCAGAUCGGAAACAAAUGCAUCAAGUGAGAAUAAAGGACUUCAUCAGUCCAUGCAACAGCCUGCUUCAAGUUAUUCAAGGGGAUACCGUGGCAGAGGGUUCUCCAGGGAUCCAUUUCCUCCUUUAUCAGGCCCUCCGGGUUUUUUGAGACCACAAGCAAUACCACCACAGCUAUACUCUUCAGACAACAGAAUACAUCAGGAAUCUCCAGUGUUUCCACAGCCUCAUAGAAAAGAAAAUCCAAUGAUGCAACAGUAUCCCUUUCCUCCUCCAGUUUUUGGUUCUGUUAAUGAUGUGCAUCAAUUCCACCUUCCGCAUUCAAAUCUGAAUACGAUUUGGACAGGCCCGAACAUGUACAACUCGUCAUACCCAUUUUUACCGCCUCCACCUCCGCCGCCACCUCCUCCACCUCCUCCAGAUAGCCAUCCGUCUCAGUUCAGGCCUUACUGAGUUUCCAUAAAUGUGCAUACAGAGCGUUGCAAUUUAAAGGGAGGAAGAACAGGCUGCUAAGACUGUAUUCCCUUAUUUUGGAAAUGCUUCAUUUUUCUGCAACAGUAGAAGAAAUGCAGGGUUUGAUGCUUUAUGAGACAUCCAUGGAAAACUAUUUUUUUUCUAUAUAUGUUUUCUGUUUCAAAAAAGAAAACUGUAUGAUAAAAAUAACUGAAUAUUAAAUAAUGGUUUAUUUUUAUAAUAUCUACUAGUUUGGGAUGAUAAAUAAAAACUUUUUGGAGACUGGUAUAUAGUAGUGGAAAUUAUUUUGUAAUAAAUUUAAGAGUUUAUGUAACUCAGGAUAUGUUGCAUAGAUGGUAUUUCAAUAUUUUUAGAAUGGUGGUAUAUUGCUAUGCUAAACCCUUUUUCUCAAUUUCUGCAAAUUCUGAAAUCUGCUUGCAUGGAAACUAAAAAUCUGACACCUAAAUUUUAAGCUAGGUUUGCUGCUAUUUAUAUAAUGUAUAAACUCCUGUUACCCAACUUUUAAUAUUUCAUUAAUUUAAUAUUAACUAAAAGGCUGGAGCCGGAUGGUCUUUUUAAAUAGCUGGAGUAGCUAGAUCAGAAUUUGGAUGAGAGCUGAAUUACUCUGUCAGAUUGAGUGUCCUACAAUAGCUAUAGAAGGUCAACUUAUUGAUAAGAUGUUUUGCAGUCAAUUUAGGUUGUAAAACUGCAUGGUAUGGGGAAAUUAAAAACCAGCAUAACUUCUCUAGCUUGUCUUUGCUCCUAGUGCAGAAAGACCAAUAGAUGCAUAUAGUAGGUAGUCAGCCUUCCUAGGAGGAAGUCAUCAGACCUGUCAGGGAGAGGAAGUAUGCCAUUUCAGGACUCCCUUGUUUAAAUUUGUAUCCAAAAUGCAGGUAGUACUAGAUGGCUGUUUGAUUCUCUUUACAGUCAGUACUGCCUCUUCUGAAAUUAUGAGGUUCACCAGCUCUCCCAGCUUGUUGCUAGGAGGCUGGUGGAAUUGUCAACCAAAGACAGCCUGGAACAACCUCCACCUAUCCCAAAGGGUCAGUCCUACAAUUGGGCUUCCUUAGUCUCCAUGGAAGUGGCUCUGACUAACUGGAAUGGAAACCUUUAUGCUGCAUGAAGAUUUUAAAAAGAGGAAAAAAAAAUAAAUGGUGGGACAGAGACAUCUUAAAGAUUAUUUUUCCACUGAAAAAUUGUUACUAGUUGUAAUGAUUUUUGAAUCAUUAAUCAACAGUACAAUCGCUCCAAACCAUUGAACAGAACUGAUAGAAGUGUACAGUAUGUUCUUCUAUUCUGAAACUCAUUGACCUCAUUACUUUGGAUAUGUAUUUAAAGGCUAAUUAAGCUCUGCAGGUGUUGCUUAGACUUUUGCUCUAAUUACAGGUAACUUAAGAAUGAAGCAAAAAUGUAAUGCACAGAGGGAGGGAAUGUAUUGUCAAGAUGCUACUGUGAAUUAGAAUUUAAUUUCAGACUUAUAAAGUUUUCUGUAAUAUACUUAAAUAAUAGUUCUAUUCUCUAAUAUAUCUAGAACUACUAUUUCAUAGGUGUGCAACUGAGACGGUUGUAUAGAUCUCAAAUUUUAUGGUAAACAGGUACUGUACAGUGGCAACAAACUGUUUUGGAACAAUAGAAUUCCAGACAUUAAUGUUUAACUUGGUUUUUGCAGAUUUUUUUUUUUUUGGUAGCAGAAAGAAUGUUCAAUUCUAGUCUGUUGCAAAUGCUUAUAUUCUGGGAGAAAGUAGAAGGGGGUGAAUUUCUGGCUAAACUGUAGCCCAGAUAUUACCAUUGCUGGUGAUAGGACACAGUAAACUCAAUGCAGCCUCAUGACUGAGGCUUAGCAGGUUUGCUUUGUCUGAGCUUCCCUUGACUCACCUGGAGCUUUAUUUUUACUUUGUUUAGCUAUAACAGCCAUUUGUUAAUGACCAGGUGGGUAUGAUUAAUUUGUUUCACAUGUACUUUUUUUUCUAUGGUAUACACAUAUGUUUUUACAUAGAUGGCAGUGGCAAGUAGUUACUCUGUGUAGAAUGGGGUAUUGUGGCUUUAAUGGAGUAAGAUAGUGUAGAGGAAUAGAGACCUGGCAUGAUAGCAGAGACCUCUAGAAGUGGCAGCAUGGGAUGCAGCACAGAGGAGUACCUGGGAUGUCAAGAGACGGGGCACAGGCUGGCAAUGGAAACUCCUAGGCUGCAAACUACUCCCCAGCAGCCAGUUAAAGAAAUGCAAUUGUGGCUCUAGACAAAACCCGUUUCGAGUAUAAUGGAGAGAAAAUGUAUAUAACACAUGUAAAAUGCACCGUAUACAGUAAAAUCGGCUGUAACGGUGAACCUGCAGACAGAUGAAGAAAGCAAGAUGUGACAAGUGUGUUACCAAACGUAAAAGUGAUCCCAAGUCGAUCAUAGAUUAAGGAGGAAUAAACUGUCAACGUCAUACGUGGACUUGGGAUGCUGAUGGCUUGCUGCAUGUCCCUGGCACAAAUGGACACCAUCGGCCUUUAAGAUCCAGAGGGGCAGUUGAAGGGUAAGCGUAACACCAGGAAGAGGAGUGAGGUAAUAGGAAGUAUAUGUACAGCAAUUUUAACUAUUACUACUGUGGAGGCCUUUUUUAUGUAUAGUAAUGUUCACUUCUUUUCUGCAAUAAUUGGAUCUGGACUAAUAACAAUUAUUGCAGGCUGUUAAGAUUUCACUUAUACUAAGGUUUAUCAUCUUUUCCCAUAAUGUUUUGUGUGUAACAAAACCCAAUAUAAAGUCAGGUUACAGAAUGUAGUUUGACAGAAAUUUACGAUGUUCUAAGCUAUUUUAUUAAUGCUUGGUAGUUAACCGCAGCACUGUUUUCGUGUGCACUUGCCUGUUUUUAUGUCGAAACAAAUUUUCCAUGUGUUCUGCAUUUAGUGAGUACAGGUCAUACUUGCAGAUCUUUGCUUGGAAUCAACUUUAGUUCUUCAUUGUAAAAUUACUUGAGAGCUAGGUAUGAUUACUGAGUUUGAAAUAUAUAGAGGAUUGAUUUCCUUGCCCAAAAUAGUGUUGCACACAGCAUCCCUUACACUGAAGAAGCAUUGCAAUAGAUUGCUAGAAUAGCACCGUCUUAAUUUGAAAAUAGAGCUAAUGUAACUCCUUUUUUUAGAAAAGAUCUUGAAUGUAAUCAUUGAUUAUUAAGUUUCCUCAUAUAGCUGUUUGUAGUCAAUAGCGUUGCCCAGAUACUGUCAGAUCCUGAUUCGGCGUGCUGGACGCUUGCUAUUGAGAAAGCAGUAUAAAUUUGCAGUAAUUCAGGGAAAUUAGAACCUGAGGUGUGUUUGCAAGUUCAGCUGUUUAGAAAGCAAAAUAAAACUGGGUACACUUGAUAGAAAAAUGAAUGCUGUGGAAAAACUUCUUUUAUAUCUUUAACUCUUUGAAAAAUGUCCCUCUCUUUGUCCACAGGCCUUUAAAGCCUUAACUGUAAAGCUUGGGAAAACUGGCCUGACAAUUUUAGUGGCAAGAACAGCUCAUUUUGUUUGGCCCCAGCUAUUUUUACAUCAAGCUGUUUUGUAGAAAUCUAUGUUACUAGUUACUGUGUUGCAUCAAACUCAUUACUACAUCAAAGUGUUAGAGCAAUAUGCUAUAAUAGGAUUACAGUAACUUAUCUGCUGAACUGCUCUCUUUUGUGUCUGGGACACCACUUCAGUCCUAGACACAACAGGGACAGAUCCUUGGCAAAUGAAGCACUUUAAAACAUCUUCCUUUGCUGCUGGAAGUUGAAUGCACACCAGCUCAAUUCUUGAUUAGUGCUACUUAGGAGCAGGCUGAGCUUUUUAAUCUGAAAUAAUUUGGUGUGUAAUGCACCCUCUCUAGAGAUACUCCAAAUUAAAAAAGCCAGCCAGCCAGAAAAUAGAAGCCAUGAAAUGUGAAUUGUACAGACAUCAGGUCCUCAGCACCAAUGCUUUCUCUGCAGAUCUCUAGCUGGCCCACGCUACUUGCUAACAUAGGUGUAAUUUCAGUGUUCAGCUGGUACUACAAUAAACCUUAUUUUUUGUAGAUACUAUUUAGACAUUACUGUAGUUAAUGUUUCUAAUACAGGCACACAGACAGAAGGGCUUAAAAAUCUCUGUUCUUUCUGGUUAUCAAUAGCAUCCAAUCCUGAUGCCAGUUCAAAAUACGAGCAAACACCUAUUUCCUAGGAAUUUCACUAUGACCUAUGUCUCAGCAGUUGGCAGGUUGCUGGAUUAGUACACUGAUACCAGAAAAGGUGUUGAAGCCAAUGUUUUAUUGAGUAAAAUCACUGCAAUAUAUCUGAUAUGUUUAAAAACAAAUAAAAUCAUCCAACUCUUCCCCUCCCCCCAAAAAACAACCACAGAAAAAAACCAAAAAAACCCCAAAUCCAACCCCAUGCUAAAUUUGUGAAGUAGAUUUGUGCAAUGAAAUAGUCAGCUAUGAGGGAAGAAGAGGCAGAUCCCAGUUUCCACAACCGUUACUGAAUACAAUUCACAUUAGCACCUGUGUUUAAAAA